AUGGAUAUCAUUCUGGAAUUAUGGGACACCUUUGUUGGUGAUCGUCUGUACUCGACUCUGCUGCCGACCUCCUUAUCGGCCACUGCGGGCCUCCCGGCCUUUGUGAAUGUCGCCAACAGUACAUUAUCCCUCUUCGGCGCGACAGAACCAUUUGUCUAUGAGCCUGCCACACAGUUGCUGCAUCUGGAGCCUUCAAAAUAUGCCUACCUCAGUGCCUGGCCUCGAAACAACAUCUAUCGUCAAUUCACCAGCUUUUUCCUUAUCACAUGGAUCUUCGGCCUGCUUGUGUACUUCAUCGUUGCCACCGCUUCGUAUGUCUUCAUCUGGGACAAAACCACCUACAAUCAUCCGAAAUUCCUCAAGGGUCAAAUUAAGCUGGAGAUGAAGCAGGCCAUGUCCGCAAUGCCGCCCAUGGCUCUUUUGACCGCGCCCUUUUUCGUCCUCGAAGUCCGUGGCUACGCCAAGUUGUACGACACCGUGGCCGACGAGCCCUUCCGCUACUACAGCAUUCUCCAGUUCCCUCUCUUCAUCCUCUUCACCGACUUCUUCAUCUACUGGAUUCAUCGCGGUCUGCACCACCCAAGGGUGUACCGCACUCUUCACAAGCCUCACCACAAGUGGAUCAUGCCUUCGCCUUUCGCCUCGCACGCCUUCCACCCCCUGGACGGCUGGUCCCAGAGUGUUCCUUACCACGUCUUUCCCUUCAUCUUCCCCCUGCAGAAGGUCGCCUAUGUUUUCCUGUUCGCCUUUAUCAACCUCUGGACCGUCUUCAUCCACGACGGCGAGUAUGUCGCAAACAGCCCCGUGGUGAACGGUGCCGCGUGCCACACCAUGCAUCAUUUAUACUUCAACUACAACUACGGCCAGUUCACCACUCUAUGGGAUCGAUUGGGUGGCAGCUACCGCAAGCCCAACGAGGAGUUGUUCCGUCGGGAAACUAAGAUGAGUCAAACGGAAUGGCAGCGCCAGUCCAAGGAGAUGGAGACCAUUCUGAAGGACGUUGAGGGUGAUGAUGACCGGACAUAUUUGGAGAACGAGGACAAGAAGAAGAACAUGUGA